UCCGAUGGGGGAGGUGGAGCCGGGGCCCGCGGGGCCGCUGGAGCCCCCGGAGCCGCCCGAAGCGCCCUCGAGCCGCCGGCCGGGAGGGAUCCGGGUCCUGAAGAGAAAUAUGAAACGCAAUGGGAGCAGAAAUUGUUUGAAUAGAAGAAGUAGGUUUGGUUCUCGAGAAAGAGACUGGCUGAGAGAAGAUGUGAAGAGAGGCUGUGUUUACCUUUAUGGAUCAGAUACCAACACUGCCACUACAACUACCACCAUCUCCUCCUCUUCCUCCACUUCUUGCUCCUCCUCUGAUUUACAUCUUGUCCUUUGCACAGUAGAGACACCAGCAUCAGAAAUAUGUGCUGGAGAGGGAAGAGAAAGUCUUUAUUUACAGCUUCAUGGAGACCUGGUCAGGAGACUGGAACCUGCUGAACAACCUCUGCAGAUUGUUUAUGACUACUUGUCCAGGCUGGGAUUCGAGGACCCUGUGCGCAUACAGGAGGAGGCUACAAAUCCUGACCUUGGCUGUAUGAUUCGAUUUUAUGGUGAAAAACCAUGCCAGAUGGAUCAUCUGGAUCGAAUCCUACUGUCUGGCAUCUAUAACGUACGCAAGGGAAAGACCCAGCUGCAUAAGUGGGCUGAACGCCUAGUUGUUCUUUGUGGUACCUGCCUUAUUGUUUCCUCAGUGAAAGAUUGUCAAACUGGAAAGAUGCACAUUUUGCCUCUGGUUGGGGGGAAGAUAGAAGAAGUGAAACGCCGACAACACUCCCUUGCUUUCAGCUCAGCUGGAGCCCAAGCCCAGACCUAUCACAUCAGCUUUGAGACUUUGGCCGAGUACCAGAGGUGGCAACGGCAAGCGUCUAAGGUGGUGUCUCAGCGAAUCAGUACCGUGGACCUCUCAUGUUACAGCCUGGAGGAGGUUCCUGAACAUCUCUUCUACAGUCAAGAUAUCACCUACCUCAACUUGCGACACAACUUCAUGCAAUUAGAAAGACCAGGGGGCCUUGACACACUCUACAAAUUUUCUCAACUGAAGGGCCUGAACUUGUCUCAUAAUAAACUUGGGUUGUUUCCUGCAUUGCUAUGUGAGAUUUCUACCCUGACUGAGCUCAACCUUUCCUGUAAUGGAUUUCAUGACCUGCCAAGUCAGAUUGGCAAUCUGCUAAAUCUCCAAACCCUUUGUCUUGAUGGCAACUUUCUGACUACUUUACCUGAAGAAUUGGGAAAUCUGCAACAGCUUUCCUCCUUGGGAAUUUCCUUCAACAACUUUAACCAAAUUCCUGAGGUUUAUGAGAAACUCACGAUGUUAGAUAAAGUGGUUAUGGCAGGAAAUUGCUUGGAAGUCCUGAAUUUAGGGGUGCUGACCAGGAUGAGCCAUAUCAAGCAUGUGGAUUUAAGGAUGAACCAUUUGAAAGGCAUGGUUCUUGAAAAUCUGGAGGGAAAUAAAUACAUCACCCACAUGGAUUUGCGGGACAAUCAGCUGACUGACUUGGAUCUUAGUUCCUUAUGUGGCUUGGAGCAGCUGCAUUGUGAGCGGAACCAGCUGAGGGAGCUAACACUCAGUGGCUUUUCCCUUCGAACUCUCUACGCCAACUCAAACAGGCUGACAGCAGUGAAUGUCUACCCAGUGCCCAAUCUACUCACUUCCCUGGAACUCUCCCGAAACCUGCUAGAGUGUGUCCCUGACUGGGCCUGUGAAGCAAAGAAGCUAGAAAUAUUAGAUAUGAGUUAUAAUCUUCUCACAGAGGUUCCUAUGAGAAUUCUGAGUAGUUUGAGUCUUAGAAAACUGAUGGCGGGACACAAUCACAUCCAUGUCCUUCCAGUGCUGGUGGAGCACAUCCCCUUGGAGGUGCUGGAUAUCCAGCAUAACGUUCUCACCAGACUGCCAGACCACCUCUUUUCCAAGGCCUUAAAUCUCAGAUACUUGAAUGCGUCUGCAAACAGUCUGGAGUCUUUGCCUUCUGCGUGCACUGGAGAGGAGAGUCUAAGCAUGCUGCAGCUGCUGUAUCUGAGCAACAACCUCCUGACAGAUCAGUGCAUACCUGUCCUGGUGGGGCACCCACACUUGCGCAUCUUGCACCUUGCCAGCAACCAGCUACAGACCUUUCCUGCAAGCAAACUAAAUAAAUUGGAGCAAUUGGAAGAACUGAACCUAAGUGGUAACAAGCUUAAAACCAUUCCUACAACCAUAGCAAACUGCAAAAGGCUGCACACCCUUGUUGCACACUCCAACAACAUCAGCAUUUUCCCAGAAAUACUGCAGUUGCCUCAGAUCCAGUUCGUAGACCUAAGUUGCAAUGACUUGACAGAAAUCCUAAUUCCAGAGGCUCUGCCUGCUACACUACAAGAUCUUGAUCUGACCGGAAAUACAAAUCUGGUUCUGGAACACAAGACAUUGGACAUGUUUAGCCAUAUCACAACCUUGAAAAUUGAUCAGAAACCUUUGCCAACUACAGACUCUACAGUGACAUCAACCUUCUGGAGCCAUGGCCUGGCUGAAAUGGCAGGACAGAGAAAUAAGCUGUGUGUGUCUGCCUUAGCUAUGGAUAACUUUGCAGAGGGGGUGGGAGCUGUGUAUGGCAUGUUUGAUGGGGACCGAAAUGAGGAGCUCCCUCGCCUGCUGCAGUGUACAAUGGCAGAUGUACUUUUGGAAGAGGUACAGCAGUCGACAAAUGACACAGUGUUCAUGACCAACACCUUCUUGGUGUCUCACAGGAAAUUGGGAAUGGCUGGCCAGAAGCUGGGCUCCUCUGCUCUCUUGUGCUACAUCCGCCCUGAUACUGCUGACCCAACAAGUAGUUUUAGCUUGACAGUGGCCAACGUUGGCACGUGCCAAGCAGUCCUGUGCAGAGGUGGGAAACCAGUGCCCCUCUCUAAAGUCUUCAGCCUGGAACAGGACCCAGAGGAAGCACUAAGGGUGAAGGACCAAAAAGCCAUCAUAACAGAGGACAACAAAGUGAAUGGGGUAACUUGCUGUACCCGGAUGUUGGGUUGUACAUACCUCUACCCUUGGAUCCUCCCCAAGCCCCACAUAUCUUCCACUCCACUUACCAUUCAAGAUGAAUUGCUGAUUUUGGGAAACAAAGCAUUGUGGGAACACUUGUCAUAUACAGAAGCUGUUAAUGUAGUACGUCAUGUUCAAGACCCAUUAGCAGCUGCUAAGAAGCUGUGCACAUUAGCACAGAGCUAUGGUUGUCAGGACAACGUGGGAGCAAUGGUGGUAUAUUUGAACAUUGGUGAGGAAGGCUGUACUUGCGAAAUGAACGGGAUCACACUCCCAGGUCCUGUGGGAUUUGCUUCAGCCACCACUCUCAAGGAUACCCCUAAACCAACCACUCCUUCCUCUAGUAGUGGCAUUGCUUCAGAGUUCAGCAGUGAGAUGUCCACCUCAGAGGUGAGCAGUGAAGUGGGCUCCACCGCUUCUGAUGAACAUAACACUGUGGGCCUGGAAGCUGGCUUGCUUCCAAGGCCAGAGAGGCGCUGCAGUCUCCACCCAACACCCACCUCCGGGGUUUUUCAGCGCCAGCCCUCGUGCGCAACCUUCUCCAGUAAUCAGUCUGACAAUGGCCUGGACAGUGAUGAUGACCAGCCUGUUGAAGGGGUCAUAACCAAUGGUAGCAAGGUAGAAGUAGAGGUAGAUAUUCACUGCUGCCGAGGAAGAGAUCGGGAGAAUUCUCCUACUCUUACAGAGAACUCUUCCACCCCGCGUCCUGAGGAACAUGCUAGAGGGUUGUUUUUUGGGAUCCGAAGACAGAACAGUGUGAAUAGUGGCAUACUUUUGCCAAUGAGCAAGGAUAAAAUGGAAUUACAGAAGUCUCCCUCCACCUCCUGCCUCUAUGGAAAGAAGCUCUCCAAUGGUUCCAUUGUGCCCCUUGAGGACAGCCUGAACCUCAUUGAAGUGGCCACAGAAGCACCCAAGAGGAAAACUGGCUAUUUUGCUGCUCCCACUCAGCUGGAGCCAGAGGAUCAGUUUGUUGUACCGCGUGACCUGGAGGAAGAAGUGAAGGAACAAAUGAAGCAGCAGCAGGAAAGCAGGCCCGAGCCCGAGCCCAGUGAAGAGGAUCGGACUGAGCCCCCAGAGGAGUUUGACACAGCGCUGUGAUUCUGCCCCUAGUGGGUGUGGUCUGAGGGAGUACCGUGUAGUGUUGGGGAAGGGACCUUCCAGAGGCACUUUGCCUCCAUGUUUCUAACCAUAGAUAGUGGGGUAGAAUUUGGAGCCAAAAAAGGUGAGAGCUAUCAGGAUCUGGCUCUGAAUGAGCCAGUACUGCCAUCAGUGUUAAGUUUUGUAUUUAACCUGCAUUGGA